UGAAGCGGACCCUUUCCAUUCACUGGUGAUGAUGUGAUUUUUUUCUCAUUCCCCUCAGCUCCAUUUUCUUUAGUUGGUGGUAUGCAAGAGGUGGGCUUAGCCAUGUUAUCCCCACAAGAAGCUGCUAAAAUCUACCAUGCCAAUUACAUUAGGAACUCCCGGGCCAUAGGGGUGUUGUGGGCGAUAUUCACUAUUCUAUUUGCCAUAGUGAACAUUGUGUGUUUCAUUCAGCCUUACUGGAUCGGGGACGGAAUUGACACCCCUCAAGCUGGCUACUUCGGUCUCUUCCAUUACUGCAUAGGUAGCGGGUUUAACAAGGAACUGACAUGCACAGGAAGCGUCACCGAUUUUUCUUCUAUCCCCUCUGGAGCCUUUAAAGCCGCGUCCUUCUUUAUCGGCCUCUCCAUGACACUGAUCAUCUCCUGCAUCGUGUCAUUCGUGCUGUUUUUCUUCUGCAACACGGCCACGGUGUACAAGAUCUGCGCCUGGAUGCAGCUCUCAUCAGCUGCUUGUCUUGUCCUUGGUUGUAUAAUUUUCCCUGAUGGUUGGGAUGCAGAUGAGGUUAGGAGAAUGUGUGGUGAAAAAACAGACAAGUACUCCCUUGGUGCAUGUUCGAUGCGUUGGGCAUACAUUCUGGCAAUCAUUGGGAUUCUGGAUGCUCUCAUCCUGUCUUUUCUGGCUUUUGUGCUUGGUAACAGACUGGACACAUUAAUGGCGGAGCAACUGAAAUUGGAAAGCAAAGAUGAUGGCAAUGCCUAAUGUGUAUAAGUUUUGCCGAGUUGAAAAAGGAACAAGCACAAACGAAAAUGAGAGAGCGCUUUUAUACAUCAUUCUGAGUGGAGAGCAGACAUCACUAUAUAAGGAAAUCAGUGAAAUGGCAAUAUUUUAAAAACAAAGUAACAAAAUGAGAGUUUAACACCCAAAUCACCUAUCUGGAAAAUAAAUAUUCUAAAAUGAACUGUUUUCUAUUAAAGAGUCUAAUAAUAAUUAUGAGUACUGCACGCUAGAUCAGGGGUUGACAAAUGUAUUUCAUAUUUUGG